UUCUUACCUCUUUGGCCGCUACCAUUCACCAAGCGCAUAUCAGCGUACACUCACAGACUACACACUACAACUCCCGACAUCAUCGUCGACAUCAUACACCGUCAUCAUGCCUGCCAAGUACAAGCUCAUCUAUUUUAACGUCCGUGCUCGUGCCGAGUGCUCUCGACUUCUCCUCGCCCAAGCCGGAGUCGAGUACGAAGAUUGUCGUCUGACUUCAGACGAGUUCAAAGCCAUCAAAGAUGAUGUAACGAAGGUCCCUCUCGGUCAGCUACCAGUCUUACAAAUCGAUGAUCACCCAGCGCUCCCACAGAGCCAUGCUAUUGAGAGACAUCUUGCCAGGAGUCUGGGUCUGUAUGGUAAGAACGAAGUAGAAGCCACACGCAUCGACGUCGCUUGCGAAUGCAUCCAGGACCUCGUCACCCCUCUCAUGAAGAUGUACUUCGAGAAAGACGAAGCUAAGAAGGCUGAGAUGGGCAAGGCUUUUGUUGAGAAAGACUCAGUCGCCAUUCUUACGGCUAUGUCUAACUCCCUGAUGAAGAACAGCGAAGGAAAGGGAUACUUCGUUGGAGAUUCGAUGACACUUGCUGAUAUUGCCAUCUUUAAUCUCUUCGAUGGACUCUUCAAACACAUGCCUCCUCUGGCCGAGAAGUAUCCAACUCUGAAGGAGUUCGACGAACGCAUGAGAGCUGAACCCAAGAUAGCUGCAUGGCUUGCGAAAAGGCCAGAGACUGCUAUGUAAAAUGGUUGUCGAGGGACAUUUGUUCGUCUUCCUUUUGAGGGAAGAGAGAGAGAGGGGGGGGGGGCAAAAACCUUCCUAAAUUUUCAGAACAGUUCAGAGAAAAUUGCUCAAUAGCUUGUAACUAGUGGCUGCAGUGAUGAAAACAAUAUUCUUUCCUACUUAUUGAGGUGAUAUGCGCACUUUAAAUGCCCUUUCUACCAUUUUGGCCGGCGCCCCCGAAAAAAUAGAGGGAAAAGUAGAAUUCCACAUAUCAUAAAUUUUACGUGAGUUGCUUUCCGACGAGUGCAAGUUACACUACAUGUAGUCUGAGUAACACCAGAGCCAUGGAUUAAGAGAGUUUGGCCAACCCGGCCAUAGAAAGAGCUACGAUUUGAUUGGAAACACGCUCGAACAUUGUACUUUUUUUUGGGGGGGGGGGGCAAUAGUGGAAACAAAAUUGCAUUCAAAUCACGAGUUGUCAAAGCUCUUCUAUAAAGGGACAAUACGUCACGCUCUACACAAAAUAUGUCAAUAAAAUCCGUAGUGCUUGCAAUAUAAAAACAAACUUAUGGAGUGAAUACAAUUCAUAUUAAUAUAAUCAACUGUAUAAAUUAGUUUAGAUGUAUUGUUUGUGUAAAAUAUUUUAGCAAUUAAAAAUAAAGUUUUAUUAUCACGAGAAAA